GUAACAGGAAGGAAAGAGAAAAAGAAAAGAAAUAAAUAAUAACAACAAGAGUAAAAAUAAACAGUAUAUAGCCCUGCAUCAUCAGUGUAGUUGAUAGCUACGCUGAUAAAAUGUCCACCGGCCCACGCACUACAAUCCUACCCCAGUCAAAGGAAGCGUUACUUAAGUCGUAUAAUGCGCGUCUUAAAGAAGAUGUGCGUAGCAUGUUGGAAAACUUCGAAGAAAUCCUCAAGUUGGCACGGAGAGAGAGUCACAUUCAAAUUUCAAAGAUAACACAAUGCGAACAGGACGCACUGGAGAUGCAAGUGCGAGCGGCAAAUAUGGUGCGGGCCGGUGAAUCGCUGAUGAAGCUCGUUGCCGAUCUCAAACAGUAUCUCAUACUGAAUGACUUUCAUUCGGUGAAUGAGGCAAUUACGAACAACUCACAGCUGUUUCGGACCACACAAAUUGAGUGCGAUAAAAAGCUGAUGAAGCUGCGCGAUGAGAUGGCCAUGGAUCUAUACGAUUUGGAGGAGGAGUACUACACUAGCAUAUUUAAGUAG